AUGUCGAAUUCAAAUGGCCCAGAGAGGACCUUCGGAGUAGUCCUGGGCGAGACACUGGUGUGUCAACACACCCACAUGGUUGACUCCAGGGGCUUAUUGCUCGGGAAUAAUCCUUUCAACUACUCCACUCCGCUUCUGUUGAUCCAGUUCGCUCUCAUCUUCAUCAUCACCUGGUCCACCUACCUCUUGCUGAGACCUCUUCGCCAAACUAUGAUCAUCUCGCAAAUUGUAGGUGGUAUAAUAAUGGGUCCCUCAUUACUAGCUCGAUCCUCGACAUAUGCAGAGACAAUGUUUCCUCCGGGAUGCAGAUUGCUACUUUCAACAUUUGCAGAGUUGGGAUUCAUGCUUCACCUUUUUGUAUUAGGAGUGCAGAUAGAUAUCUGCCUUCUGAAGAGAAUUGGAAAAAAGGCCAUGGCAAUAGGUAUUACAGGUUUUUUGGCUGCCUUGGCAUUUGGAGGGUUGGCCAUCAAGCUCGUACAACUUAUUACGUCUUUUAAGCAGGAAGUAGGACCGGAGGUUUCAAUCAUGGUGGCCAUGAAUUCCGUGACUUCUUUCAUUGUCACCACCAGCUUGCUUAAUGAGCUCAACAUUCUCAACUCAGAAAUUGGCCGCUUGGCUUCCUCAACUUCCAUGGUCAGCGAUGUGUGUGGUUGGUGUACUGCAUUCUUUCUCGCUUACGUCGUUAAUGCCCUGCAAUCCUCCUCGUUCAAACCUAUGUUGACAGUAGCCAUGAUGCUCGGUUAUUACUGUAUCCUUAUCUUCCUACUGCGACCUCUGGUGAUAUGGAUUGUCAAUCUAACCCCAUCUGGAAGACCCAUUAAGGAAAGUCAUUUUAUAGCGAUCCUUUGUAUACUACUGGGGAAUGGGUUCAUUGCAGAGUAUGUUGGGCAACAUGCUGGCUUUGGUUCGUUCUUGUUUGGGUUGUCUUUACCUGGAGAGCCACCAUUAGGUGCACUUUUAUUACAAAAGCUUGGUACUAUCUGUUCUGGCACACUGCUUCCAGUCUACUGUACUAUUAGUGGGUUUAGGACAGAGAUCAGUGCCUUAGAUAGAUCCUCAGCAGGCAUGGUGAUCAUCAUUCUUGCUGGUUAUAUUGGAAAGUUCACUGGCACCAUUUUGUCAUCCAUUUACUUUGAGAUCCCCUUCCAGGAUUCAUUAUCUCUGGCUCUCAUCAUGUGUUGUAAAGGCGUUAUAGAGCUCGCUAUAUAUUCUCUAUGGAAGGACACCAAGUUCGUGGACCGCAAAACAUUUACGACUUUAGUAAUCACCAUGGUGAUCAUGACGGGUUUUGCCACACCCAUAAUCCGUUAUCUCUAUGACCCUUCAAAGAGAUACAUGGGCCAGAAAAGGAUAACAAUAAUGUCAAACUCCAGGCAACAUCAAUGUCUCCGAGUACUUGUCUGUAUCCAUAAUGAAGACAACGUAUUCCCAAUUAUCAACCUUAUUGAAGCUUCCAACCCCACAAAAGAUAACAUCAUUUCCGUCUCCGUCCUCCAGCUCAUGGAGCUUACCGGCAGGGCGGCAUCCGUCCUUAUACGACACACGGAGCAACCCAAUCACUCAUCUUCUAAACUAGCUUGUUCGGAACAAAUUGCCAAUGCCUUCAAUCAAUAUGAGCGGUACAGCCAUGGUCGUGUAGCUGUACAACACUUCACUGCAAUCGCACCAUAUUCAAGCAUGCAUGAUGAUAUCUGCACUCUUGCACUGGAGGAGAAAACAAGCAUUAUAAUCGUUCCGUUCCACAAAAAAUGGGAACUGGAUGGCACAGUUGAAGCUGCCUUUCCUUUCAUUAGGAUCAUAAAUAGACAAGUCAUUCGAAAGUCCCCUUGCUCUGUGGGAGUUCUUGUCGACCGAAGCCAUGGCGGGCGAUCAGUUCUAACAGUUACGUCAUCAUAUCGAAUUGCAAUGCUCUUCUUAGGCGGUGCCGACGACGGAGAGGCACUAGAGUAUAGCAUGCGCAUGGCUCAGCACCCCAAUGUCAGCCUCACGGUGGUUUGGUUCAGACCAGAGAAAUUCCACCCAUACGGAAGUAGGACGAAUCCGGACAGUACUACGCGGAUGAUGAGCGAGUUGAGGGCAAGGAUAGUGGGCGUGGAUAAAAUUACUUAUAAAGAGGUGAGGGUGAAAGAUGGUGCAGAUACAACGCAUAUUAUCCGGGUGAUGGAGGACUCUCUCGAUUUAGUUAUACUUGGCAGCCACCAUGUACCAGAGUGUGCAGCAACAUUAGGGCUUACAGAAUGGAGUGAAUGCCCCGAGCUUGGAAUACUUGGAGACAUGCUAGCCACUUCAGAUUUUCAGUUUUCAGUUUUGGUGGUGCAGCAUUAUCAAGAGGGCUAG